AUGCCUUUAUUCUCCUCCAAUAGUAAUAUUACAAGUGUCCUCGAAAUGAACAAUAAUUUCGGCACUCAACGUUGCAAUCUCGUGUCCUUCCCCGAAUCCCCGGAAGUCUGGCCUGAGCCUUCAAAAUUUAAACCUUAUUACAAUGUUACUCAACCUUGUACCUUUUCCUGCUCUCCUUGUUUGCUUUCCUCUGCAAUUCCUAGUCUGACUCAGACUGGACGUACAAGACGUUCUAAUUCUCUCGCCACCUCGAUUAAUAAUACUAACUCAUGCCAUGCGCGGCAGCACAAGAUGUCUUCUCCAGGCUGUUCAAAUUUUGGUUCAAGUGAGGUUGGAAUUUCUGGUUUAGCGCAUACAACAGAUGAGAAAUCUCUGCGUAUUCAUGUUACAUCUAGCUCUGCCUAUCCACCAAUCAGCCUAGCUGCGUUAGAUCAAAUUGCAAUUCCCAACUCCGCCUCAUUGCUCCCGAAUUCUGAUAGCUAUCCUCUCAUCAAUUCAGGGUUGCUCGAAUCAGCCGUUUCCUGCCGGACGCCGAUAUUUACAUGUGAAUCCCUUUAUCCUACAAGCCUAGCCACAUUCAAUACGUGUUCAUCUGGCUCAAAUUCCACCACCUCCAUCUCACUCGCUUUCCCAAUUUCAUCUACUCUUCCUGGCCUUUGGAUCCCGCCGACUCGUGUAAGUGCAUUGAAAUCUUUCCUGAAUCAAAUGAUUGAAGGAGUCUCAUUUUCCAGGUCAUUGUUUCUGCCAGAAUAUGUUUCUGGAGCUCUUUUCUAUCUGGAGUGCUUCACUGGACUAUUCAUUUAUAUGAAUUGCCCUUUGUUUCGUUCUGAGGCGAUAUAA